AUGCCUAACACCAUCACAUCAACCAUGAAGCUAAUUUCUCUCUUAUCGGCCUUCUUUCUUCUCUCCUCCCUCACCACGCUAGCAGCUGGGGAGGUCGUCCUCGACACGGAUGGCAACGAGCUACGACGUGGGGUAGAAUACUACAUCUACCCCGGCAUCACUGACGUCGCCGGUGGUCUUACCCUUGCAAGCCGGAACCACUCUUGCCCACUGGAUGUGACCCUCGCAAUCUCCCCAACCAAUAAUGGCCUCCCCGUCACCUUCUUGCCGGCUGAUCCAGAGGAGGACACGAUCAACACAUCGACGGACUUAAAUAUCGUCUUCUCGGCUUUCACCAUCUGCUUGCAGUCUACAGCGUGGAAGCUCGACUUCGAUAACACCACCAGGCGUUUUUAUGUGACGACGGGCGGCGUGACGGGGAAUCCCGGGCGUGAGACGUUGGACAACUGGUUCAAGAUACAGAGCGCCAGCGGUCGUAGUGGCUAUAAUCUGGUCUUCUGUCCCUCGGUGUGUAAUAUUUGUAGGCCUGUGUGUGGGAGUUUGGGUGUAGUCCGGGAGGAUGGGAGGCUACGGCUGGGGAUCAGCUCCGAUGCACCACUCCCGGUUGAGUUCAGGAGGGCAUAAACUGGGACAUGCUCCUCUCUAGUAACAAAGAAUGGGGUGGGACUUUGAUCAGUCGUACGUAGUAAUUAAAUUUAAAUAAAAGUCCUGGGAGUAUUGUUAAUUCUGAUGGCUGAAUGUGCUUCAUGUAUCAUGAAUUGUUUUCAGAUAAAUAAAGAUGUAACGGUCCUCUUGAUGUAUGUUUGUUCCAAUAUUUAUAUUUUUGGAUUAACAAAUUAAUA